AUGGCUGCCUGCAGCCUGAAUCCUUACGAUGAGGCGUUCAUCAUCCAAGUGGAUCAAUCAUUUGGCCGCCAGACGUGGCAUCGGAGGGACCCUCGCAUACUGCCGUGCCUGCUCCCUUCGGGGAAGUAUAUUGUUACCAAGAGAUGGUCUUUGUUGACUGCCAAGGAGAAGGCAAAAUUCCAAGGCAUUGGCAGCCGCGAGUACUUCAGGUACGGCAUGCACCUUCUGACGGAAAACCAAUUGGGUGACCUCGCAGGAAACUCGUUCUUCGCUUGCAAAGCAUUAAUGCAGGUUGGAAUCACGGCCUUUUUUGACUUGUGCUAG